AUGGAGCGUGAAUCUAAUCCUAUGGAAGCGCUGUGCCGGUCCGGGUGCGGAUUCUACGGCAACCCGUCGACAGAUGGCCUUUGUUCAGUCUGCUUCAAGGAAGCGUUAAAAAAGAAGCAGCAACCGCCGACGACGACGCCGUCACCGGUGUCUGCCCCGUUCGUGCCCGCGCCGCCCACGCCACUAGCCGCCGCUGCGCCGACAGUGCCCAGUCUGCCCGCCCAGCCACAAGUGCACACACACAAAUUGGAAGAGGAGAGUGGAGCGGGCACAAGUGGCACGAGUACCGGUACCUCGGAUACAGACGCGGACGACAAGGACCCCAGCAAGGACAAAAAGAAAAAGAACAGGUGCGCCGUCUGCCGCAAGAAGGUUGGACUCACAGGGUUCGAGUGCCGAUGCGGGGGUCUAUUCUGCGCCGUGCACCGGUACAGCGACAAGCACGAGUGCUCGUUCGACUACCGGGAGUUGGGCGCGCAGGAGAUCCGCCGCAACAAUCCUGUCGUCGUCUCCCAGAAGAUACACAAGAUAUGA